GAGGGAGCGGAGGAAGAGCCCGAGACGGACGCCAGCAACCAUGACCCUCCCCCCAAUUCACAUCAGCUGUACUCUUAUGGCAAAACCAUUUCUACACUGAUCCAGCAACAUGAAAAGAAUGAAGAGUUGGUUCCUCUGUUGGCUGGUCUUGUCUUUGCUAUAUGGUUCCAAUAAAGGUUCCAAUAAAGGUUCCAAUAAAGAUUCAGAUGAGCGUUCCAAUAAAGAUUCAGAUGAGCGUUCCAAUAAAGAUUCAGAUGAGCGUUCCAAUAAAGAUUCAGAUGAGGGUUCCAAUAAAGAUUCAGAUGAGCGUUCCAAUAAAGAUUCAGAUGAGGGUUCCAAUAAAGAUUCAGAUGAGCGUUCCAAUAAAGAUUCAGAUGAGGGUUCCAAUAAAGAUUCAGAUGAGCGUUCCAAUAAAGAUUCAGAUGAGGGUUCCAAUAAAGAUUCAGAUGAGGGUUCCAAUAAAGAUUCAGAUGAGGGUUCCAAUAAAGAUUCAGAUGAGGGUUCCAAUAAAGAUUCAGAUGAGGGUUCCAAUAAAGAUUCAGAUGAGGGUUCCAAUAAAGAUUCAGAUGAGGGUUCCAAUAAAGAUUCAGAUGAGGGUUCCAAUAGAGGUUCACGUCUGUUUGAUAAAUGCAACACUUCCAAAAAAAAGACACAAAGGUAUCCAGACACCGUGGAAGGGAUUAUGGAACACAGACACCACGGCAACUCUAUCGAAGCCAUUGAGACCCUUGAACGGCUUCUGGAGGAAACAGAGGUGAAUGAGUCUAUAUCACUGUCUUUCAACAAUUCGGUGGCCUUCCUGUACAAACCAAAUGUCCCCUUCAAAGGCCUUGAAAUUCAUGCUAGUGAUAAAAAGGUAAGAUCAGGCAAUUCUGUGAACGAUAGUGACAAAGUGAGCGUUCAACUGCCGAGAGAGCUGGAUGCUGGAUCAGAAAACACCAUUGUGUUCUGCAUGCUUACCUGGCCUGACGCAAACUGGACCAUAUGUGAAGCCUCGGCUGAAUUACAUGAGAACAGACUGGUUGGCCUGAGUGUGCGGGGAAAGAAUAUCUCAGGACUUCAGGAGCGUGUCAACAUCACAUUGGCUGUUAGUGUGAAUGAUACGCAAAAGCCCAGCUGUGUGUUCUUAAAUGUUUUCACAAAAGACUUUAGCACUGAUGGCUGUCUGACUCUGUGGGAACCUGGUCAGAGAAACAUCAUCUGCUCCUGUGACCACCUCACAUACUUUGGCGUGCUCAUGGUAUCUUCUGACUCCCUCUCUCAAAACGACCUGCAGAUUCUGACAUACAUCACUCUGAUUGGUUGUAGUCUUUCUCUGUUUGCCCUGAUCAUCACUGUUCUGCUCUUCAUCGCAAAAAGAAAAGUCCGAGCAGAUAUCUCUAUGAGGGUCCACAUCAACCUGGCCAUUGCCCUGAUCCUCCUCAACCUGCACUUCCUCCCCAGCCAGACGGUGGCAGCAUCGUCCUCCACCGGGCUCUGCUUCUACAUGGCCGUCUCUCUUCACUACUCCCUGCUGGCCACUUUCAGCUGGAUGGCCCUGGAGGGCUUACACCUCUACCUUCUCUUAGUCAGAGUCUUCAACAUUUAUAUCCGGAAAUACUUGCUCAAGCUCAGCUUGGUGGGAUGGGGUCUCCCUGCAGUCAUUGUGGCCCUGGUGGUCAUCAUUGACAUAAGCUCGUAUGGACCCGUCCCUCUGGUCUCUUCUAACCCCAACAGCACACAAAUAUGCUAUAUAGGGAAUACCACAGUGAAGCUGGUGACUACAUUUGGAGUGUUUGGCUUGGUUUUCCUCUUUAACGCGAUCAUGUUGGGGGUGACAGUAAGAAGCGUUGUGAGUCUCCACCAGAGCAAAAUGUUUGGGCAGAGUGACAGUAACAGAGCCAAGAAGGACAUCUGUACGCUGCUGGGAGUCACCGCUCUGCUGGGCAUUACCUGGGGCCUGGUCUUCUUCUCCUUUGGCUACCUGACCACGCCUGGCCUCUACCUCUUCUGCAUCCUCAACUCACUGCAAGGUUUCUUCAUCUUCCUGUGGUUCGUGAUGUCUUUGAGAAAGAAAGGAGAUCCAUCUACUAAGAGUAGUGUAACACGCAGCACCAACACCUAAGCACUACACCAGAGACUUUUUUGUGAUUGUGUGCGUACAUGUAUGUAUGUGUGUUGUGUGGAUUUUUAGAGCAAUGCUGUAAAGUUUGAUACUAUUCUUUUUUUCUUUAAAUCAUUAAUUGUAUUUACACGCAAGUAGAAAGGGGUUAACUUGGGCAGAUAACUGGUGAAGUGCCCUUUUUUAAGUGUUGUCAUUGUCAUACCCUGGUGUUUUAAUAAAUGAAUGUAUUGGUGUUUAA